ACCUACCUAUGUCGAUUUGAGCAAUUCCCACAGCUAAUUUUUCUGAUUGACGACGUGGCAUAGAGCACCUUAAGUAAGCGAUUUGGGAGUCAUGGCUACGGUAUCGACGGCUCAGUUGCUCACAGCAACGGCUCAUCAGUUACAGCAGAAGCUAGCAGCAGGUGAGAUAACGAGCGUUCAAAUCGUCGAGGCCUGCCUAGCGCAGACAAAUCAGCACAAUAAAAAUGGCCUAGGGUUGAACGCCGUCAUCUCGAGCUGCCCACAUGAGCUUGCAUCGUCACAGGCGAAGAAGCUUGAUGUGGAACGGGAUCGUGGCCAGAUUCGGAGUCCGCUCCACGGACUACCCAUAGUUCUUAAGGAUGUGAUCGUCACGGGUCUGGAGCUGGGAAUGCCCACUACUGCAGGUGCACACGUAUUUGCGUCACUGAAAGCGAAAAGGAAUGCCUCGCUGGUGGAUCGUCUUGUUGAUGGAGGUCUGAUCGUCAUUGGCAAGGCUAAUCUGACCGAGUUCUGUGGACUGAAGUCUAAAGACACGCCUGUGGGUUGGAGUGCUUGUGGGGGACAAACCCUUUCGCCUUACCGUCAGAAUAGUUUAGAUGAGAGCGAACAGCCCAUGGCGGGAGGAUCUUCUUCAGGGUCUGGCGUGAGCGUCUCCGCUGGCUUCAGUCCACUGGCAAUCGGGACAGAGACCGCGGGCUCGGUCGUUUGGCCAGCCAGCUUAAACGGCUUGUACGGUAUCAAGCUAGCUCCAGGCACAGUGCCUGUCGAUGGUGUGUUCAGGCUUAGCGAUAGCUAUGACGGUAUCGGCGCCUUUUCCCGCGAUCCCUGGACUUUGGCAGCGUUGGUUCAUCUUCUCGCUCCGCCCCAGCCUGGAGCUGCACUUUUACCGCCUAGUACACUCGAUGGACCAACAUCCUGGGAAGGAUUAACCAUUGGUGUUACCGAGCCGCAAUGGGGCGUAGGGACGGAGACAAUCAAGGGGAAGUGGGAUCUCGAUGAAGUAGUCAAGACCUACGUGGAUGCUGUUGGCAAACUGAAUCAAAGAGGAUUGAAGGUGGUGUAUCCACUUGAAGCACCGGAUGCAGGAAUUCUAGAGUACGAAGGCGAGAACUUUCUCUCAGUGGCAUACCACGAGUUUCCUCAAAAAGUGGCCGAAUUCAUAUCAGCUUUCGAGCACCAGACUGAUAUCUCGAACUUGGAGGGCAUUAUCAAGUGGAAUGAGGAUCAUGCCGAGCUUGCACUACCGGCUCCAUAUACCACUCAAACGGAGCUAAUUGCUUCUGUUAAUAAUAAGAUGUCAGACGAAAAGCAUAGCAAGGCUGCAGCGGAGCUUUUUCGCCUAGCUGGAGAAGAUGGCAUGGGCAAGAUAUUCGACGACUAUGGCCUCGACAUUGUGAUUUCCGCCUCUGACGCCGUGCUUGUCGAGUUUGCGGCGUGUGCACGGUGGCCAAUAUGCACGGUUCCGCUGGGAAACCUCCCCAAGAACAACCAGCCAUUUGGCUGGUUCGCAAUGGCACGCGAAGGCAGAGAGGAUGUGCUGCUGAGGUUCAUGGACGGGUUCUACCAGGUCUUUCCCGGCGCUCAAAGGGCGACGGCUCCAUUUUCUCAAGUUUAGCUUUUGAACAUCUCUCCGUAUGUUGACAUGUAGUGUCCUAGAGAUUUAUCAAUCUCUACACGGAGAUCUGGAGCCAGCCUAUCUUUCGAC